AUGUCCCUCUCGCUUGCGGAUCUGCCGACCGAACUGCUGGAUCAGGCGGUACCACUGAUUGAUUUCGAGGACCAAGUCCGUCUUUCCAGCACCUACUGCGGAGCAUAUUGGUGCCGUUGGUCUUUAAGAAUGCCAAAUUAUCGGUCAACGACGUCGAGGACCGCAGCUGGUCGUCGAAUACCCAAAGAUCUCCGAGAAAUCAUCAAGUCGCUUGGAGCUUCUUCCCCAGAUGGUGUUAUGGAGCGCAGGAGCAGCGCAGUCGUUGACGCGACCAUCGAAGCAACAAUGACGGGUAGCGCACCGGCGUCCCUGAUCAGCCUUGGAGAGAUGCCGGCCAUGGAGUGGAUUGAGUUGAUCAACUCGUUUGGUAGUAGGCUAGCUCAGUUCUUGCAUGACGGAGUCACGACCGGGGCCGUAGGGGGUUGGCCUUAUGGAGAGUUAUUGGCUAGGCUGCAUAAAGAGGAUUGCAACGACAGGCUUGUGGCUCGUCUGCCGCAACAGGAGGUUAUCCCCCUGGCGUUUCUCUAUACUUGA